AUGAAAAAUCUUUCAAAUGAAGUUAAACUUGAUAUUUUUAAAUAUCUAAAUUUUAACCAAUUAAAUGUUAUUCAACAAACAAAUAAAUCUUUGAAUGAAAUUGUUGACCGUAGCAAGCCUGAAUUGGCUAGGAAGGAAGUUUAUUCUAUGGAGAUUGAAUGGAAAUAUUAUGUUUGUAAACAAGUCAAAUGUGAAUCUAAAGGAUGGCGUGUUAAAUUAGAUGAGGAUAUUAAAGCGAAGUGGAAUGAAGCGAUAAAGAAACGUAUUCCUUUGUUUUUUAAUCAGCCUGGAGACAAUGAAGUAAAUGAAAAAUGUAAUCAUGGUGGUAAUUGUUGUAGUCAUGUCUACAAUAACAAAAAUAGGUCUGAUAUGGAAAAGUUUGGAUAUAAAUUGGAUGAAGCUAUUAAUUUGUUUGUUUUGUUUAAAAAUACAGAUGACGUUAAACCACCAAAAAUUCUGCAUUUACAAUUAAAACGUUAUCCAAAAAAUAUUGAAGAAUUAUUUUUUGUUCGUUACUGGCUUGAACAAUUAUCUUCAUGUUAUUUUGAAAAUAUUAAAAUUAAACAAGCUGUAUUUAAUCCAAAAAUUAUUGACUUACUUUUUGAUGGUUCUCCUCCUCUUCAAUUUUAUACAAAAUAUUUUUAUCUUUUUGGUGGAUAUUUAAAUGCUACUUUUGAAUUUAUUUAUCAUCAUUUGAAGAUAUUUGAACCUAAAGGAUUUUAUUUUGAAAAUACGGAGAAGAAAAUGAAAGGAGAAAAAACGAUGGAUCUUGAAACUUUUGUUAAACAUACAGAAUCGUCAGAUGAUGAAGAAGAGGGAGAAGGGGAAAAUAAUAAUGAGGAGGAGGAGUGGGGGGAAGGUGAAGGAGAACGUGCAAAAAUUGUUGAAUAUAUAUUUGAAGGUAUUGAAGAUGUUGAACGACGUUAUCAUGUGCUUUUAGUAUUCCCUAUUGGCUCUAAAGAAAUUGAUCAUAUUUUUGUUAAUGGAUAA